CAGUAAAUACUGCGAGGGUUUGAUUGAGUGCUUCUCAGAAGAUUUGUAUAAAUCGCAGGCACACGGAAUACAGACGUAAAUAGGAGGGUCAUUUCGACCGGGCACAAUUCCUGCCAGCCUCUCAUAGAGCAUUUCUUCCUGUGCCGUCCGUCCACAUGGCUAAACCUACCAUCCUUCUGAUCGGCGACCUGACGCAUGCGAAUAAAGAGUGGGAAGAAUAUGGAUCAAAAUAUAACCUGAAAGAGUUCCGGCAAGGGACGAGGCAACAAUUUCUCUCCAAUUGCAGGAAUGGUGAAUACGAUGGGGUGGUUGCGCUGUACCGUUCAAACACGUCGACCUCAGAAACUGGCCCUUUCAACCAAGAGCUGAUCUCGGUCCUGCCCAAGUCCUUGAAAUUCAUAUGCCAUAACGGUGCCGGGUACGACAACAUUGACGUAGAUGCCUGCACCCAGAGGGGGUUGAAAGUGUCCAGUACACCAAUUGCCGUCGACAACGCUACUGCUGAUGUCGGUAUCUUCCUUUUGCUGGGAGCAUUGAGACAAGCCUGGGUUCCCUUGAAGGCCAUCAAGGAAGGAAAAUGGAAGGGAGACGCACAACUAGGACAUGAUCCCAAAGGCAAGCUGCUGGGGAUCCUGGGUAUGGGGGGUAUUGGGAGGGCCAUGGCAGACCGAGCACGAGCAUUUGGCAUGAAGAUUGCCUAUCACAACCGAUCCAAGCUUCCCAGUCAACUUGAAGGCGAUGCGACAUAUCUUAGCUUUGACGAACUACUGGCGCAGUCCGAUGUGCUCAGUCUCAACCUGUCGCUGAACGCGAAGACGCGGCAUAUCAUCUCUGCCCCAGAAUUCGAAAAGAUGAAGGAUGGGGUUAUCAUUGUGAACACCGCUCGAGGCGCGCUGAUCAACGAGAAGGACUUGGUAUCAGCACUUGACAGCGGAAAGGUCUCGUCGGUCGGACUCGAUGUGUUCGAAGACGAGCCCAAGAUCGAAGAAGGGCUUUUGAGGAACGACCGAGCCUUCAUUGUUCCUCACAUUGGCACGAUGACUUGGGAGACGCAAAGAGAGAUGGAGCUAUUGGUGCUGCACAAUUUGGAGAAUGCAGUUGACAAAGGGUCAUUAUUGACCCCGAUACCCGAACAGAAAGGCAAGCUGAAUGGCAACUUAUGAUAGUACCUAUGCCGAUUGCAUGGAGUCUAGAGUAGAUGAUACAAUACAGUAGAAUGGGCACUGGAUACCUAGAGCAAACCACUCGUCCUUGCCGCCAAACAUCUAUCGCAAGCUGCCACAGUUGUAUAGUCCACCCCUGGGACGCGGGCCAGGGAGGACAAGACGAUGGACGUCAAAACGAGGCAAAUCAGAGGCCGCGGAGGACAGCGACAGACCAGUUGGGCUUAUCAGUGGACCCGCGAUAAGAGUACAUACAGGUAGUGAGGUAGGUACCUGAUCCUGGAUACCUAGGUAGCCUUGCGAGCUAUCUCGACUCGAAUGAAAGAUUCAGGCAUA